GUGAAUGUGUGUGUAUGAGGGAGAGUUUGUGUGUGUGUGAGGGUGUGUGAGAUGGAGAGUGUGUGUAUGAGUGUGUGUACGCAAACUUAACCUUUUGUGAGGACCAAAACUGACCAUAGGUCCUCGUAACGAUGGAGUCCAACGCUUUCCUAAGUUCCUGGUGCACAGGAUGCGAUUCGUGACCAGCACACGCACACUUCCUUUCUAUUUUUAGCUGUAAACAAGGGACCGAACAUCCGUCUGAAACCAGACGUUUCCUCAUCGUUCCUGCCUGAAUGUUUCCCAGCAAAAGUCGUUUAUCUGUCUCAUUAAUGGCCGAUUUUGUUUUGUAAGGAGAAGCGGCUUGUUUAGUAGGAACAGGAAAUAAGAUGCCGUUUAUAUGGAAGGUUUGAGCAAACAAACCCUUGAACCUGACGCUAGAUCAGAGGAAGCUUGUUUAUUAGCACUUCUCUCCAGUUAUAAAUCCUCUUUGCCUGGCCAGGACUCAGCUUACAGAAGAUUAGAGUCUCUUUAUGGACAUAUAAUGAGACCAGACAGACUGCAGUGGAGAAGAAGAAAGGAAGCGAGAGGGCGAGCUGUGGUUAUAAAUAAAGCUUUGAAUGCCAGAACAGGGCUGUAAAUGUUCGACCGGCUGCAAAACAACUGUAACACGAGGGAAGGCUUAUUAGUAGUUAUAACACGCUCGAGUAUCAGUUCAUUCAUCGCCAAAAUGACGUAACCGUUUCCGCACGGCAGCAAGGCGACGCCGUUCUGAACACCGUCGGAGAAACAUUUCCUCCCAGAGACGAAAACAAACCUUAAGCGAAAGACGUUUGAUAUCCGUUUGUAGUUUGGUAUCUGCUCACCGAAAUGCUGCUUCACCUUCGGAAACACAUUACGGGAUUUCGCUCGACUCCGUCGCACGAGUUCGCAAGCCCCAUGCUUUUUUCCUUCCCUCCCCUUUAGUGUCCUGGUUGCCAUGGAGAGCUCGUCGGUGGCGUCGGCUUCGUCGGAGGCGGGAAGCACACGCUCACAGGAGAUAGAAGAACUGGAGCGAUUCAUCGACAGCUACGUGCUUGAGUAUCAAGUGCAGGGACUUCUAAACGAAAAGAACGACAACGAGAACGACAACGUAGACAAGACGCAGUCCAACAUCACUCAGUGGACGGAGGACUGCAGUGAUAAGAUAGAUGGGAGCUGGACGUCGUCACGCGACAAGGGCUCGUCCAAACCGGAUGAGUGGGAACACAGCAGUAACGGAAGUACGGGUUCUAGACCGAGCUCAGGUUCUCGACCCGGAUCUGGUUCGAGAUCAGGCAGCCACGGACGCAAUAAACAGUUCUGUGCACCGUCCAAGAACGGAAACAGAGACGGCUCGUUCGACAUUCUGGGGACCGACAUAUGGGCCGCCAACACCAUGGACUCCCGCGGCGGUGCGACGUGGGACCUGCAGCCAGAAAAGCUGGAUUUCUCACAGUUUCCCAGGAAGCAGUACAGAGGAACACCUAAACCCCUUCCACACAUCGACCGUGAAGGAAUGAUGAAGAGCAGAUACGAUGAUGACGGUAUUGAUCUGAAUGAAAUAGAGAAGUUCCUGCCUGGACUCCCAGUUUUCCCACCGAUGCCUAACGAAGCCGAGAUCGCUCACACCAAAAAGCUCUUCCGCCGCCGCCGAAACGACCGCCGACACGCCGAGGCGCCGCAGGAUGAUCUGACCGUGCUGCUGCCCUGCGACGGGAAACGCCAAGUGUCCAGGAGACAGCAGCGUCCUUCUGGAGGAGGAGGAGGAGGAGUUGGUGGUGGUGGUGGUGGAGGAGGUGGAGGGCCUAAAUCUCACAAUCUGCAGCAGCAACAUCAGCAGGUUCCAUCACAUUCCCAACAUCAGUCGACCAAUCCAAUGCAACAGCUCAUCGCCGACCCCCAGUCAGAAGGCUUUAACGCCAAGCACGGACACAGUGGGCGGGGCUACCAAAGCGGGCAGCAGGGCCGCGGGCAUCACCAUGGUUACAGCCAGAACCGGCGCUGGCACCAGCAGCACAGACAGCCGGGCCAGUGGAACGCCAAAGACACAGACAGCGUGAAGGAGGACGAGAACGAACACAAGACGUCCAGAGCGAAGGACAACGCCGCAGGAGACGACAACAAGAACAACAGAAAGCAGGAGAAGACGGAGGGAGGAAAAAAAUUCAGCUUGUUGCAGUCCUCUAAAGAUAGGCUGAGGAGAAGGCUGAACGAGAAGGAGGAGGUUCCCGUGGCGACGCCGGGGCCUCAGCGUAACCUCAUGGACAAGCUGCUAGAAAUCCUGAACAGCAUGAGGAGUAACAGCGGCGGCGUAGAGGCUCAGCUGACUUCCUUUAUGGAGGAGGCGCAGAGCUCGGCACAGUCGGAGGAGACUCUCACCGAGAUCGUGCACACCAUCUACAGCAAAGCCGUCCAAGACCGAGGCCUCGCCGUCACCGCCGCCAAACUCUGCUACAAGAUGGCGCUCUCCAUGGCGGAAGGCACCAAGUUCCGCUCGCUGCUGCUCAACAUGUUACAGAGGGACUUUAAACGGCGUGAGGAGCUGCAGCAGACCGACGUGGAGAGCUGGCUGGGCUUCAUCACCUUCCUGUGUGAGGUGUUCAGCACCAUGAGGAGCAGCACAGGAGAGCCGUACAGAGUGCUCGUGUGCCCCAUCUACACCUGCUUACGAGAGUUGCUGGAGUCAGCGGAGGUCAAGGAAGAUGCCGUGCUUUGCUGCUCGAUGGAGCUGCAGAGAGUCGGGCGGCUGUUAGAGGAGCAGUUGCCGGAGAUGAUGAUGGAGCUGUUAGCCGCAGUGAGGGAUAAGAUGCUGAGUCCAUCCGAGUCUCCGCUCACACGCUCGCUGCUCAUGGAGGUCAUCGAGCUGCAUGCUCAUCAGUGGAGCCCCCUGGAGGCCCUCACCACACAGUACUACAACAGAACCAUCCAGAAACUCACUGCAUGACCGCCACACACACACACACACACACACACACACACACACACACACACACACACACACACACACUGGUGGAGCCCUCUUCAGGACCUUCUCACUCAGUACUACAAGAGUCAAACUAACACAGGUCUGCUCCAAGUGAUAGAUGGAUGGAUGGAUGGACAGAAGGAUGACUGAAUCCGUGAGCAGACAGAUGGAUAAACGGGCGUGUACCCGAGUGUAAGGAUGGAUGGAUGAAUAACAUGAAAGAAUGAGUGGAUGGAGGAAUAAUUGAAUUAACGCGUACCUGAACGGACGGACAGACAGAGAGAGGUGUAUGAAUGGAAGGAUGACUUUGUAAUCGGAUGGAUGGGUAGAAGGGUAAUUGGAAGGAUGGAUGGAUGGAUGGGUGGGUGGGUGGCUGCGUAACCAGGCGGCAGAAUAGUGACUCGCUCCUGUCCUGGGGGUCGGAGGUUAAAGGUCAACGCUAUGCAGAUUUAAGCGAAUGUGUAUAAGCUCUUUGUUACACAGCCGCAUGUUAAUGAUCCGCUUUCAGACACGAAGCCAGACUGCUGUUACAUUAGUAAACACGCCACAUGCAUAAACAUGAGCAGCGUUAAUUCAUCAAGAAAUAAGCACACACACACACACACACACACACACACACACACACACACACACACACGCAGAUGUUUUUUCACAUUAUACACAUGUAGGUGUGUGUAAGAGCCAAAGAGCCAGUAAGAGACACUUUAACGCUAACACACAGGGGUAGCAGCGCAGUCCUCGACUUCUUUUGUGCUCAUGUGCCAACCGUCCAGCCUUCCUCUCUGUCCUCAUCCCUCUCUCCAUCCCCCUCUCCAGACCUGUGUGUGUGUGUGUGCGCGCGUGUGUGUGUCAUUGUUCGGCGAAUUAUGUCCCUGGAGCACGCUGUCGCCCAUCAGCGCUGUCUAGCCGAGGUCAAGCAGACAGACUGCAGAGGGCUUAGCCUGCUUUUGUCUCCCUAAAACACACACACGCAAACACACACACACACACACGCACACACACGCCUCAGCCUGACUCUGGAUGGCAGAUGGCCGCUGGAGACUAUAAGGCCAGACACACAGCCCGCGUCCUCUUGUCCAGCCCAAUUGGAGCGUUUGUGUGUGUGUGUGUGUGUGUGUGUGUGUGUGUGUGUGUGUGUGUGUGUGUGUGUGUGUGUGUGUGUGUGUGUGUGUUGAGGAGGUUACAGAUAAAAGCACCAGGCUGCACCCGGCAUCUUUGUUGUCGCGUGUCCUUUUUAUUUCCUCUUCAGGUUUUUAUUUUGCGCCGUUUAUUAUCCCUGUGUAUAAAACUUAUUGUAAUGUUAUUGUAAUGUAUUAUAUGUUAUUUUUAACGUAUGUUUAAGAGCAGUAUAUACAGUGUGUGUGUGACAUGACAUGAUGUUUUAGGGCUCGACCGGUCGCACAGGUUUAAAGUAUUUUGCACUGUUUUAAGGCAAAAAAAAAAAAAAGCGAGGAUGAGGAGGAGGUUCGUCGGGAGACGUGUACGGCCUCGAAGGAUGUGGGGUGUUUCCCAGACUAUAAGACACACCCCCUUAAAUUCAAUCUGUUUAGGAUGAAAAUAAAGGGCUGUAGAAAUUG